AUCUUCGCCCUCGUCCCCAAGCAGCGCGCCGUGACGUGGGACUACCAGCCCGUGUGGGUCCUCAACUCGAACCCCGGCUACAUGGACGCCGUUGACUUCAACGGCGUCCUGGAGCAAGGCCUGACCAAGUACCGCGUCGUCGUCGACGGCACGGACCUCGGCACGAACCUGGGGGUCGGGAUGGGAAGCACCGGGGAGAAGGUGGACUUUGGGAUGUUCAGCCACAAGGGAAUUUCGUCCAAGUCGACGAUCUCGGUGUACGUGGAGGGUCCGACGACGAAGAACCUGUACCUGUUGGCGCAGUGGCCGGUUCCGCCUCCGUAG